CUGUCCGUGCUGACGGCCGCCGUGGGCGCCAUCCUCGUGAUGGCCGUGCUCUGCAACCGCGCCGCCUUCCACCAGGACCACAUGGGCCUGGCCUGCUAUGCGCUGAUUGCGGUGGUGCUGGUGGUCCAGGUGGUGGGCCUGCUGCUGCCCCAGCCGCGCAGCGCCUCCGAGGGCAUCUGGUGGACCGUGUUCUUCAUCUACACCAUCUACACGCUGCUGCCCGUGCGCAUGCGGGCCGCGGUGCUCAGCGGGGUACUCCUGUCUGCCCUCCACUUGGCGAUUGCCCUGCACACCAACGCCCAGGACCAGUUCCUGCUCAAGCAGCUCGUCUCCAAUGUCCUCAUUUUCUCCUGCACCAACAUCGUGGGCGUCUGCACCCACUACCCGGCCGAGGUCUCCCAGAGACAAGCCUUCCAGGAGACCCGGGAGUGCAUCCAGGCGCGACUCCACUCUCAGCGGGAGAACCAGCAGCAGGAGCGGCUCCUGCUAUCUGUCCUUCCCCGGCAUGUUGCCAUGGAGAUGAAAGCAGACAUCAACGCCAAGCAGGAGGAUAUGAUGUUCCAUAAGAUUUACAUCCAGAAGCAUGACAACGUGAGCAUCCUGUUCGCUGACAUCGAGGGCUUCACCAGCCUGGCGUCCCAGUGCACUGCCCAGGAGCUGGUCAUGACCCUCAACGAGCUCUUUGCCCGCUUCGACAAGCUGGCUGCGGAGAAUCACUGUUUACGUAUAAAGAUCCUGGGGGAUUGUUAUUACUGCGUCUCGGGGCUGCCUGAAGCGAGGGCUGACCACGCCCACUGCUGCGUGGAGAUGGGCAUGGACAUGAUCGAGGCCAUCUCGUUGGUCCGGGAGGUGACAGGGGUGAACGUGAACAUGCGCGUGGGAAUUCACAGCGGGCGAGUACACUGCGGUGUCCUUGGUCUCAGGAAGUGGCAGUUCGACGUCUGGUCUAACGACGUCACGCUGGCCAACCACAUGGAGGCUGGAGGCAAGGCUGGACGCAUCCACAUCACCAAGGCCACACUCAACUACCUGAACGGGGACUACGAGGUGGAGCCAGGCUGUGGGGGCGAGCGCAACGCCUACCUCAAGGAGCACAGCAUCGAGCUAUUUUUAAUAGUGUCAUGUUCCAGGUCCUUAAUUUUUAAAAAAGAAGAGAAGGCCAUGAUUGCCAAGAUGAAUCGCCAGAGAACCAACUCCAUCGGGCACAACCCGCCACACUGGGGAGCCGAGCGCCCCUUCUACAACCACCUGGGCAGCAACCAGGUGUCCAAGGAGAUGAAGCGGAUGGGCUUUGAAGACCCCAAGGACAAGUUUGCCCAGGAAAGUGCAAACCCCGAAGAUGAAGUGGACGAGUUUCUGGGCCGUGCCAUUGACGCCAGGAGCAUUGACAGGCUGCGGUCUGAGCAUGUUCGCAAGUUCCUCUUGACCUUCAGGGAGCCUGACUUAGAGAAGAAGUACUCCAAGCAGGUGGACGACCGAUUCGGUGCCUACGUGGCGUGCGCCUCGCUCGUCUUCCUCUUCAUCUGCUUUGUCCAGAUCACCAUCGUGCCCCACUCUGUGUUCAUGCUGAGCUUCUACCUGACCUGUUUCGUGCUGCUGACCUUGGUGGUAUUUGUGUCCGUGAUCUACUCCUGCGUGAAGCUCUUCCCAGGCCCCCUGCAGACCCUCUCCAGGAAGAUCGUGCGGUCUAAGAUGAACAGCACCCUGGUCGGGGUGUUCACCAUCACCCUGGUGUUCCUGUCGGCUUUUGUCAACAUGUUCAUGUGCAACUCCCAGGACCUGUUCGGCUGCCUGGCAGAUGAACACAACGUCAGCACCAGCCAGGUCAACGCGUGCCAUGUGGUGGAGUCCGCCUUCAACUACAGCCUGGGGGACGAGCAGGGCUUCUGCAGCAGCCCCUGGCCCAACUGCAACUUCCCCGAGUACUUCACCUACAGCGUGCUGCUGAGCCUGCUGGCCUGCUCCGUGUUCCUGCAAAUCAGCUGCAUCGGGAAGCUGGUGCUGAUGCUGGCCAUCGAGCUCAUAUACGUGCUCGUCGUCGAGGUGCCCGGCGUAACGCUCUUUGACAAUGCCGACCUUCUGGUCACCGCCAAUGCUAUAGACUUCAACAACAACGGGACCUCCCAGUGCCCUGAGCACGCGACCAAGGUGGCGCUGAAGGUGGUGACGCCCAUCAUCAUCUCAGUCUUCGUGCUGGCCCUGUACCUGCACGCCCAGCAGGUGGAGUCCACCGCCCGCCUCGACUUCCUCUGGAAACUGCAGGCCACGGAGGAGAAGGAGGAGAUGGAGGAGCUGCAGGCCUACAACCGGCGGCUGCUGCACAACAUUCUGCCCAAGGACGUGGCCGCCCACUUCCUGGCCCGGGAGCGGCGCAACGAUGAGCUCUACUACCAGUCGUGCGAGUGCGUGGCCGUCAUGUUCGCCUCCAUCGCCAACUUCUCCGAGUUCUACGUGGAGCUGGAGGCCAACAACGAGGGUGUCGAGUGCCUGCGGCUGCUCAACGAGAUCAUUGCCGACUUCGAUGAGAUCAUCAGCGAGGAUCGGUUUAAGCAGCUGGAAAAGAUCAAGACCAUCGGCAGCACCUACAUGGCUGCCUCCGGCCUUAAUGAUUCCACCUACGACAAGGUGGGCAAGACGCACAUCAAAGCUCUGGCCGACUUCGCCAUGAAGCUGAUGGACCAAAUGAAGUACAUCAACGAGCACUCCUUCAACAACUUCCAGAUGAAGAUUGGGCUCAAUAUUGGCCCCGUGGUGGCUGGGGUGAUCGGGGCCCGCAAGCCUCAGUACGACAUCUGGGGCAAUACGGUGAACGUGGCCAGCCGCAUGGACAGCACCGGUGUGCCAGACCGCAUCCAGGUCACCACGGACAUGUACCAGGUGCUGGCUGCCAACACGUACCAGCUGGAGUGCCGGGGUGUGGUCAAGGUCAAGGGCAAAGGCGAGAUGAUGACCUACUUCCUCAACGGAGGGCCCCCGCUCAGUUAGCAGCUGCCAGAUGACGAUGCCAGGCAGCUGGCCUCUGGAGAAACACAACGGCUUCUUUGUGUGCCGGGCGGGCGGGUGGAAGCCCGCGCCCCCGCCCAGGUGGCCGCGCCCUUGAGAUUUUCCACGUUGAUUCCAAAAGCAGUUUCUGCCUUCGUGGGCGGGCAGCAGCCUCUGUCCCAGGCAGGGUGCCUGCGUCCUGCGAGCACCACACUGACCAAAGAUGACUCCCUCUGGAGAAGACUCCGCUGGACGUGACCUGGAUCUUGAGUUUUCUCACGGGUGCUGCUGCUGCGCGGGUGGAGGAGCUCCUGGCUCGUGGAUCGGCGUAUGGCCACCCAGCGCGAGGGCAGGGCUGAGGGAGAGGCCUGGGGGGAAGGCGAGCGACUCUGGCUGGAGGGAGCCUAGGGGCUCUGAGGGGUCUGCUUUUCUAGACGAGCCUUUAAACUUCAGGCAGACCUGGCCCCUGCCCCAUGGAGGCAGCCGCCGGGCAGGAGUGCUGGCUUUGGAAGGACUGUGGCCUUCACCACAGUCGCCCCUCCACCCACACACACACACACACACACACAGACAAUGCCCCUCCGCGGGGAAGAGAACUAACUGCGAGCGGGAGGCCAGAGGACUCGAAGCCAGGAGUGGCGGUUCUGAGAAAAGGAAAAUAUUUAUUAAAUAAAACAAAACCUGUUUCUGCGCCCUUCUUUAGCCUCUGCUAGUUGUCCACGUGCGAGAGACCCACUGGCCACCGGGGACGCUGCUGGGGAGGGAGGCCGGGUCCCAACUUGUCUUUUUGUAUUUUUUAUUUUGUAUUAUUGAAAACCUUGGAGAUCUAACAAAUAUACCAAAUUCUAUAUUUUGUAAAUUCUCUAUAUUAGAA